AUCAAACCAGCGUCAAUGGGUCGACAAAUCCAAGUCGCUGUGAAAGUUCUUGAUCUAGAUCGUUUUCCAACUAAAAUGGAUGACUUUUUGAAGGAGGCUGCAAUAAUGAACGCAUUGGAUCAUCCCGAUAUUGUCCGACUAUAUGGUGUCUGUGUAGCUUCUAAAUGUCUUCGAUUGGUGACUGAAUUAGCUCCCCUUCGGUCUCUCCUUGAGUGUUUACGUGAACCAGAUCUUCGUACCUCCUUCCCGGUUUCUACGCUUCAUUCAUUCGCCAUUCAGAUCGCUAGAGGCAUGUCCUAUCUUGAAGAGGAGCGCUUGGUUCAUCGCGAUCUUGCAGCUCGAAACAUUCUUGUCUUCGCUAAGGACAGAGUGAAGAUUGGAGAUUUCGGCUUAAGUCGGGCCCUCCAAUUGGGCAAGUCAUACUACCAAACGAACUUCAACGCCAACCUCCGUCUCCCAAUCGCUUGGUGUGCUCUGGAAGCCAUUCAUGAAUUGCGUUUUACCAGUGCCAGCGACGUCUGGUCGUACGGGGUGACUCUGUGGGAGAUGUUCACCUACGGGUUUGUUCCAUGGGCUGGUCUCUCUGGUCGACAGAUCUUGGAGGCGGUUGAUGUUCCAAAUUGUCAGCGUUUGAGCCAACCGGAUGCGUGUCCCGACGCGGUAUUUGAUGCAGUUAUGAGAUCGUGUUGGAAUCACGAGCCUACAUCUAGGCCAACAUUCGCCCAACUUACAGAUGUCUCACAGAAGACUUGCUUCUCCUAUUUUACCAAUAUAAAUGGAUCUUUUGUGUGUGUGUGUGUGUGUGUGUGUGUGUGUGUGUGUGUAUGUAUGUACAUACCCGUCCUAUUUCUCCUGCAACUAGCGCAUUCCAGUUACAAUAUUUGCAAAAACCGGUUAAUCACAUGCCAUCUCUUCCAACUUCUUGAUGUCGUUCGACAAAUUUAUUGCCCCAAUGUCCAAGUGAAAGAUAUUCCAUCAAAUAUUUCGCAUUUUUUGCCAGGAGUGUAA